CCACAUGGCACCGUUGAUGGCGCUACUGUGCUGCUGUGGCGUUAGUCAUGUGUUAAUUAUUAUUUUUAUAGACACAAUUUACAGUAAAGUACGUUCCUUUCAAGUAAGGAUAAGCUAUAUUAACACUUUUCGUGAGCACACAUUUAAGAACAUUUUCAGAUACCUUACAUAUAUGUGUAACUGAUUUUUGUUUUGAUACUUCACUACCGUAAAGUUGUAAACUAUCGCUGAAAUUCAAACGGCUGUUCAUCACUAAGCAUUCGCAUCAUGAUGAUGGAUGAUGACAUUCAAAGUGUGGACUCACCAAUGACGCCAAGUGCAGCGGCAACAAUGAUGCUUCCAGCUGAUCUUAUGUCAUCUCCAGGAGCAUUUCCCACGGCUCUUGGGAGCGGAGCCAACGUUCUCAGACAGCAUCCAGCGAUUCCUCCAGCGCCUCCCGGGCAGUCAAAGUAUGCCCAGUUGCUUGCAGUUAUUGAAGAAAUGGGAAAGGAUAUCAGGCCAACUUACGCCGGGAGUAAGAGUUCCGCAGAGCGACUGAAAAGAGGAAUAGUCCACGCACGAAUCCUCGUCCGUGAAUGCCUGAUGGAGACCGAAAGGAGUGCGAGACAAUGACCCACGGGAAUGCCGGACGUUUCAUUUGAUGCUGUGUUACACAAUUUACUUGAAGAAUACAUGCACAAAAAGUAACGUGCCGAGGGAUUACAAUUACCAAUAUAAAAUUAUUUUGAAGUGAAAACUUUCCUGUAUUUGUUAAUGCUUUCAACGAUCACACUCGAGCGAUAUUAUUUUGCGCACUGUUACUUAGUACAUAUUUAGUUUUCUUAUCAGAAAGCGACAAUGUUUCAAUUACUGGUUUCACGAGGAGUAGGAAAAAAAAAGAGGACGAAUAGUUGUGUGUUGCCCUCCGAAGGAAUCUGUUUUACAUAAAGGAAGCAAUGUGUGAUUUGCGAAAUCUGUUCCUAAUGCGAAAGUAGCAUUAAAUUUCCUAGCCACGAAGGUAGUAAAUAUAUUGGACUUACAUAAUUUGAUACUAUAAUGCAAUGCAUGCUAUAACAUAUCGGUGGAAGUUCGUUACAGAAAUAACAUUAUUUUAAGGAAUCUCAGAUGUGCAGCUGUCUUGUUAUUGUCUGACAGUUUGAGUCCUAUGAUGAUAAUUAUAACAAUUGCAGUCUGUGCAUUUGUAGCAUAUAAUAUAAAUGUAUGUAUAUGCUUCUCAGAAUUAGGGAAAUAGUAAAGUUGAUACCGCAAAAUGUAGUAUUUUAUUUUUGUGCUGAAGUUUCAUAUGAUUCAGUCAGCAAGCAGUAUGUAGGCAGGUAUCAAAUGUGUGUGUUCGUGCCACAUAAGUGUAUUUUGUAAAUAGAUCUCUUCUUCAGGACUAUUUGAUUUAAGUUUACUUCCUGUGCUGCAGAAGGGAUAUGGGUAGUUGUUGGAUCCAGAAAAUGUAAAACUACUUUAUAAGGAGAAUUUUAAAAUGACAUUACAAGAUGAGUGAUUUACUGACAUGAUUGGACAGUUGGUGCUACACUUAUCGGUCCUUACUAAGAAAGACUAAAUAGGGUAAUGUUAUGAUUAUUUACAUGUAUUACUGUAUUUAAUUGUAUUGGUGUUUUCUGCAAGCAAGCAAAGCAGAGAUUGUUCACAAAAAUGACUUCACCACAGGGCAGGCUUUUAGUAAAUGGAAAAGUAAGUUGUUUUAUUAAUGGAACAGUUAACCUUAGAUGUCAGUCAUUUAACUGCAGAAUAAAAUUGUUUGUUUGUAUUAUUACGGAAUACUGCCAAGGACCAGGCAAAAUAUGCAGAUACUAGGAGCACUGUUAUGCAGCCAAACUGCUAGUGUGCACAGCUUGAAUUUAAAUGUGACUGAGCUCAUUCUUAUUUUUUCCUAUUUUAAUAUUAAAUAUUGUCUGUAGUGUGGCAUUGUUCAUCAUUUGAGACAAAACUCAACCAUAUCAGUGGUAAGUGGUAGAUAUUACUAGUUUUUGUCCAAGACUUAAGCUAUGUUAGCUGACACAAACAUACUAUUGAUUCUUACACUGUAAAAUUUGUGUCUACUUAUAGUUACACAAGAAUGAAGUCCUCCAUUAUCCAGAUAUCUGAGUGAGUCUUUUAUAUUUUAAUUUCUAAUUAAUGAAUUUUUUGAUUGCUUUAUGCAGUACACAAUUUAGUUGCCAAUUCAUAUGUUAAUUCACAUUCCUUCAACUCAUACGUUAGUGCAACAAGGUGGGUAGAAUAGCCAUGGUACUGUGAACUUAGGAUUCUGAUGCUCAUUAAUUUUCCAGAUAAAAAAAAAUCAUUGCUGGUACUGGUUAACCUCUUGGAUUUAUUUAUAUACCUGAGAGUGGUGUAGGCUGCUGAAACUAUCUUGCUUGUGCAUUCUCUUAACUCGACUUACCAUAUGAUUAGUGGUAUGUGGAGCACCCAUAUCAGUUCUGCAACUUCUUCAUAGUAUUUAAAGAGUAGUAAAACUAUUUAUAUUUGGUACUAGUGUGCUAUGUGUUGCCUUAGUGAUCACAUAACCCAUCUCUGCAUAGUUUCACAUCUACCAGUUACCUGUGGUUCACCCAAACAUUUUCCAUUGAUUACUUUCUUAAGAGCCAGUUUAAAGACAAUAAAUAAGAUUUCAUGGUUUAACUGUAGCAUAUAAGGGAUUCUUUAAAUCUACUACCUUGCACAAUGAACUAAAAUUAAGUAGACAGUGAAACAUUAUGAAAAAUAAGCAUGUUACAUGUGAAGUUGCUUUUGUUUCAAAGCCUGAUAAGAGUAAAACCACCCUACCUAGAGAGUUGUGAGAUAAUAACUCUUCUGCAAUUUUGUAUCUGGAGAAACUUGUCAGAACCUUGCAAGAAGGAAGAUGGUUGGCUGGGUAAAUAAAUAUCACUAAUGUAGAAAUAGUUGUGACAGCUGUGGAUGUGAUUUCACUUGUGAUGGUGCUGUUGAGAGGACAACACUUGGGAACAUUUGGUAUCUGAUAGGAAUUGAUGAGAUUUUGUAUUAGUAUAAGUAACUUGUCAGUUUAGGACUAUAUCUAAGAAUAGCAGAGAGGACAAUAGAGGAUAAAAGAGAACCAUAUGUAUUCUAGUUUACAGGUUAAUCAUACAAGGAAAAUAAAAGCAGCAACCAACCCCUCUUAAUAAUGCUACUUGUUAAGCAGUGUUAUCGCUUUUGACCUGAUAGGAGAGCUGUGUACGUGUAGCAUUUCCUUCAUCUUGUGCUGAGAAUUAGAUCUGGUUGUGGCAAAAGUUCCUGGGUGUUGAGGAUUUUCCCUAGAUGGUUGUGCCAUAAAAAUCCACAUCCCUAAGAAACUCUCACUACAGUGAAAAACAACCAACAUCUUUUGUGCAGUAUAAGACGUUCGACGUAAGGAAUGUGAAUUGUUGUCUGAUGGUGAGCUUGUUGGUUUGAAACUGGUAGUAGUGUUAUUUGCUGUGAAUAAAUGACAUUGUUAACAAUAAUUAGUUGCUGCUUUUACUUUGUACUAAGAAUAAACUUGUAUCUUUACCUGCCCACUGUCUCACCAUAUCAUUUUUUGCAUUAGUAAUUUAUUUACUCUUAUUACUGCUGUUGCUGCAACAGAUUAUGUACUUUCUAUAUGAUUCUGCCUUUUAUGUGAUAAGAUUUCAUUUCUUUUUUUAAUCUGCUUACAGUGCAACACAUCAGUUCAUCAUAUUUUUCUUUCUUUCCACACAUCCCUGCCUGCCAUGUAAUGUUAACUAGUUUCAAUGGCCACUCUGGAUAAUUUAAUAUUGUUUCUCAACUUUAAAGCUAAAUUUAAACCAUUUGUUGUGUAUAGUUUGCUGUGUACAUAAACUAUAGCAUUUCCUGCCUUAUGCUCAUCUCCAGCUUUCAACAGAAGUUUGUUUUGCAACCAUUGUUUCCUUUAUGAAACGAUUAAAAAUGGAUUGUUAGAAAAUUUGAUUUCUGUUUUUCAGGUUAUUACAGUCUUUCUGUAAAUGAAAAAUUCUCACGCAGAAUUGUCGAUGAAAUGGUGUCUAUAACAACUCUCUCAUCGUGGGAUACUGAACUCAGUGCAGACUCUGUCGAGUGGUGUCCAUUGCCUCCAUGCCAGGAUUAUUUUGUAUGUGGAACCUACCAGCUAGAAGUAACACAAAAUGCAGGAACAGAGACAAAUCCUGAAAGUAACCCAGAACAAAAAAAAUACGGCCGUUUAUAUUUGCUGAGAUUUAACUCUGAAAAUAAAAUUGAAGUUUUACAAGCCCUUGCAAUGCCUGCUGUACUAGAUAGCAAGUGGUGUCAUAAGGAAAUACGAGGGAAGAUUUUACUGUGUGUUGCAAAUGAAGCUGGCUAUGUGGUUUUAUAUGAACUGAAAAACGUGAAACUCAGUGACGGAUUGCCCAAACGUAAACCAGAGUGUGACAGGCACCGGCUUUAUAAGCUUACAGAACUCAGCAUCUGUGCACCUGACACAAAAGGUGUUUUGGCACUUUCACUCGAUUGGUCUACUGGUCGAAGUACUGAUAAUCCUCAUGUCUGUGUUAGCGAUUCCAGAGGAAUUAUCACUCUCGCACAGCUUAAAAAUGACACACUCGAAGUUGUACAACAGUGGAAAGCACAUAAUGCUGAAGCUUGGAUAACAGCAUUUGAUUACUGGAAUAGUAAUGUGAUUUACACAGGUGGAGAUGACUGCAAGUUUCACACCUUCGAUUUGAGAUGUGGCGUUAGUCAACCAACAGUAGCAAAUAAGAGUCACGAAACAGGUGUGACGAGCCUACACUGCAAUGCAAUGCAUCCCAAUACAUUGGCUUCAGGAAGCUAUGACGAGACACUGAGGCUGUGGGACACCCGUAACACACGGCAACCUAUCUCAUCACUUCCACUGGGUGGUGGAAUCUGGCGUGUCAAAUGGGAUCCCUAUACAGGGGAGCACAUCAUUGCUGCUUGUAUCUACGGUGGUUUUCGGGUAGUUCAGUCUAAACGGGGCUGCCUGCAACUGCUCGGCAAGUACGAGGGGGAGCACACUAGCAUUGCCUACGGAGCUGACUGGUGUCAUGCACCAUCUCCAAAGCAUGACGACUCAUUCCUCAUCAGCACGUGUUCCUUCUAUGACCACAUGUUGUGUGUUUCUGCUGUCAGAUUGUACAAAGAUGACUGUGUAAGCUAAAACUGCUGAUAGCUGUAGCUGAGUGAAAUGAGAGAUACACUUUAUUGUACAAUGAAAGAAAAAUACAUAUAACAAUAAAUAAAUAAUUUAGCAUGUAAUGAAA